GGCGCUGUGGCGGCGGGCGCGUCCCCCGGCAGUGUCGGGGCUGUGCCGUACGCUCCGAGCGCUCUCAGGAAAGAAUGAGUAUGAUCUUCUGGUCAUUGGUGGAGGGUCUGGAGGCCUUGCUUGUGCAAAAGAAGCUGCUCAGUUUGGAAGAAAAGUGGCUGUUCUGGAUUAUGUUGAACCUUCCCCACAAGGAACUGCAUGGGGACUUGGUGGAACUUGUGUGAAUGUUGGCUGCAUUCCUAAAAAGCUCAUGCAUCAAGCAGCCCUUUUAGGGAGUGCCCUUAAAGAUGCCCAACACUAUGGCUGGAAUAUAUCCCAACCUGUUCAUCAUAGCUGGUCUGUGAUGGCACAAGGUGUUCAGAAUUAUGUGAAAUCCUUGAACUGGGGACACAGAGUACAACUACAAGAAAAGAAGGUGAAAUAUUUCAACGUAAAAGGAAGUUUUUCUGAUCCACAUACAGUCCGUGGUGUAACAAAAGCAGGUAAAGAGGUUGUUGUUACUGCAGAUAAUAUUGUCAUUGCUACUGGAGGAAGACCAAAAUACCCUACACAUGUUGCAGGUGCAUUGGAGUAUGGAAUCACAAGUGAUGAUCUGUUCUGGUUAAAGAAAUCUCCUGGAAAAACGUUGGUUGUUGGAGCCAGCUAUGUGUCCCUUGAGUGUGCUGGUUUUCUGACAGGCAUUGGAUUGGACACUACAGUCAUGAUGAGAAGUGUUCCACUUCGUGGGUUUGAUCAGCAAAUGGCUUCUUUAGUAACUGAGCACAUGGAAUCUUAUGGCACAAAAUUUUUAAAGAGAUGCUUCCCAACUAAAGUUGAAAAACUGGAGAGCGACAGAUUGCAAGUCACUUGGAAAAAUGCUGACCUGGACACAGAAGAAAACGACUCUUUCAACACCGUGAUGUGGGCAGUAGGCCGAGCCCCUGACACCAAAACUCUCAAUUUGGAGACAGUUGGAGUGAAAAUUAACUCUGAAACUGGAAAGAUUAUUGUUGAUGCCCGUGAAGCUACUUCUGUUCCUCACAUUUAUGCAGUUGGAGACAUAACAGAGGGCCGUCCUGAAUUAACACCCACAGCAAUAGCUGCAGGAAAACUGCUGGCUCAGCGGCUUUUCGGCCAGUCUGCAGAGCUGAUGGACUAUGACAAUGUGCCUACCACAGUCUUCACUCCCCUGGAGUAUGGUUGUGUUGGCCUGUCAGAAGAAACAGCUGUGCAGCGUCAUGGAUCAGACAAUAUUGAGGUAUACCAUGCAUAUUAUAAACCUUUAGAGUUCACAGUGGCUGAAAGAGAUGCAACUCAAUGCUAUAUGAAAAUGGUGUGCUUACGAGAGAGGGAGCAACGAAUACUUGGCCUUCAUUUCAUUGGCCCAAAUGCAGGCGAAGUUAUUCAAGGAUUUGCUCUUGGAAUCAAGUGUGGUGCUACCUAUGCUCAGAUGAUGAAGACAGUUGGCAUUCACCCCACCUGUGCUGAAGAAGUUACCAAGUUGCACAUUACAAAGCGUUCUGGCCUGGAUGCAACAGUCACAGGCUGCUGAGGUUAAAUACCAUCCCUGGAAAGAAAGAAGGAAAAAAAGCACAAAACAUAUUUGUAAAGAAAAGGGGCACUUAAAGUUGGAACAGCUUUAAUGGUUCAGGUUACAGGAAUCUUUGUUUUUCUCCUGUAGAGAGCUUUUUCUCACAGCUGAAGAAUUUUCCUUGCACCAUCACAAUUCUAAAACCAAUGUAGUUCUGCUGCAACAAAUCUCUUUCUAGGAGCCUACAGCUCUUCUGUUGCUGGGAGCUAGAGAAUAAUCACAGUAUUUUAUAUGUAAAUAUAACUAAAGCCUGUGACAUCUGAGGCCAUCUGCAAAUGAGACAGUUGUGAUUUGGGUUUCCUCGUUGGCCAGCAGAAGAGUCUCAGGUGCUGGGAAUCAGAGAGGGCAUCCCAUAGAAGUUUGGUGGGAUGCUUUGUCCUGCAUGCUUGGAUUGCUCAUUACUGAUCCUAUAUUAAACACUGAGACUCUGUAUUCACUAGUGGAAACAAGUUCCUGGAGUGCAUAGCAAAGGGUAAGCAGUCAUCUUUGGGUUUUUUCCUUUAAAAUGUAAUAUGUAGUGGAAUUUAAUAGAAAAUCACCUGAAGCUGUACUACUGCUGGCAGAAUCACAAUGGAUUAAUCAGUAGCAGCCUGGUCACAGUGUUCUGGAGAGGACUGAGAAUGAAUGAUCUCAGAGGUGCUAAAGAAAGAGUUGAAUUUUAUGGUGGCGUCUCUGCCUACUCCUGAAAUUUUUAAUUCAGCUCAGUCCAAACUAAAUUGACACAGCUCACAAAUUACUGCUUGAACAGUGCAUAUUAAGCUGACAAGUAAAGUAAAACCCUCUAAUAAUCCACCUUAUGCAGCAUUUUCUGGUUUAUAGAAUGCAGAAAUGUGGCUGACACUGAAAUAUUUUCUUGGUUUGUUUUUAAGACUUUCUUACUGAUGAGCUAGAGACUAUAUCUGAACUGACUUCUAUCUGGCUUUAAUAAAACACUUUACUGAAGGGAACUACAUUAAGCAGUGAUCCAGAAGAGAAAUGGUCCUGCCUUGAGCAAAGAUAUAAAAUAAUC